AUGGCGGGGAGCACCAGCAACAUUACGAUUCGGCUUGGCAUGUUCAGACCACCUCCCUUUGACCCGUUGUCUUCUCUGGACGUUCAUCCAACCCUCCAGAUUCCUGCUCAACACCAUCAGCUUCACAAGAUGAACAAAGACGCGACGCACACCCACGUCCACCUGCACCGCGCGGGCGACGCCGACCUCUUCGAGGACUUCUGCAAGGACCGCCUGCCCGACGACGAGGUCUACGUGCCGGCGCACCUGCAGCCCGUCAACCCGGAGGACGAGGACGACGUGGUGCCCGACCAGCACGCGGCGUUUGGCAUCACGAAAGCGACGCAGGCCAAGAAAAAGGCGACGUGA